AUGCAGGCCACCAAUCACGAGAAUACCAUGAUCGAGGACCUCGAGUACAUGAACAUCGAUGAGGAACUCAGCGAGUUCGAUGAUGAUCAUAUCGACGGUGGCGAGAUCCGGGAAGACGAGACCCUCCUGAAAGAGAUCACUAUCUGGAGUGUCAAUCUCAAAGGGGCUCCCAUCAGAAUCCGCCACCUCGAGACUGCACUGAGACUCGCACCCGAGAAUGAGCGACCUCUUGUCUUAGCCAUCCAGGACCCCCCAAACCGCCUUGCAUUCCACAAUAUACCAGGAUACAACAUCUUCUUCUCCUCUGACCAUCCUAUUACUGAGGAGCAAUACCCAACCUGGCGUAAUGGAGCCUCGGCUACCGGGACCAACGCUACGACGAAUGCUACCACCAACGCUGCUACCAACGCUGCUCCCACCGUUGCUCCCAUCGCUGCUACGUCUGAUGGCACUUCAGGCGCUACCAAUCCGCCCAAUGGCACUGACCCUCCAGCCAGUGCCGCUGAGCUCUUGAUGCACAGCGUUUGCUUUUACGUCCACAAGUCUAUCCCAACUACUUCUUGGAGAGCGAUAAUGGAUACCGGAGUCAACAAUGGCCUCGUAGCUACGCUUCAGAUCCUGACUGCCGAGCGCAUUCUCACGAUUCACAACGUCUACGACCGCAAUAACAGACUUGACCUGGACGCUUUGUUCGAGCGCAUCGACGACACUACAGGGGAUGCUGUCCUCGUUGGUGAUUUCAAUCUUCAUCAUCGCAGCUGGAGCGGCCACACGAGGAACGAAACCGCGAAAAGUAGGGACUUUUACGAGAGAGUCAGCAGCAGCAACAUGCAACUGCUUACUAUUCCCGGAACCAUCACCUAUUCCAACUCCCAGGACGAGUCUGUUAGGAGUUCAACCAUCGACCUGACCUUUGUGAAUCGGACCAUUGUUCCUCACGUGGUGUACUGCCGGAUUCAUUCGGCCCCGGGUUUCCGAAGCGACCACCGCAUCAUCGAGACCAAGAUCACUCGCUCCAUCGGAACCAAGGUCCGAACGAAGGCUUGUUUAGACAGGGUUGAUCAAAAGACCUUCAUGAAAGAGCUUGCCAAACACCUCCCUCCCAAGAGCGACCCUCUCAGUACUCGUGAGCAGAUCAUCAGCUACCUCUCCAAGAUCAUCCAGGCCUUGAGGGAAACCAUUCGUUCGGUUGCUCCCGUGAUUGAGAUUGGCCUUCAGAGGAAACGACAAACCAUCCUCGAGAAGCAGUUGAACGACCGAGUGAGGGAUAAGCGAGAGCUGUGGCGCAUGUUCACCGAGGCGGAGCCCCCAUCUAUACGCAAGACCUUUCAUUUGGCCUCUUUGGGGCAGAAGAUCCGUCGACCCGUGGAAUCCUCGCAGCUACCUACGAUGAUCUAUGGCGGCAUGGAGAAUGCCGAUACUCCUAAGAAGAAGGUCAGCAUGUUCAAGAAGGUCAUCUUCCGCGCCAACAAAGGCCCCAAGUCCUGCAGAGCCCCAGUCUCUGCAGACUUCACUGGUCGCGGGGAAGAGAUGCAUAUCCGACAGAGCUUGACCGACAAGGAACUCGAGGAGAUCAUCAAAGGUUUGCCGAGAUGGAAGUCGACCGGACCCGAUGAAGUUCCGUACGAAGCCAUUCAGCUUGGAGGCGACGAAUUGCGAUCUCAUCUUUUGCGGGCUUUCCAAGUCUGCCUCAAUAUGAGCUACCACCCGGCCAACUUCAAGGAUGCCAUUCUCGUCAUGGUACGCAAGUCAGGUAAGCCUGCUAACAUGCCUACGAGCUGGAGGCCUCUCGCCUUGCUGUCAUGCCUCGGCAAGAUUCUCGAGAAGAUUGUGGCUUCAAGGAUGCAAGAGGCCCUCAAGGCAAAUCCACAUCUUCUACCCGCACGGCAGUUUGGCUGGAGAACGACUUCGGAAGCCCUCGAGUACAUGCUUGACAAGGUUUACAGCGCCUGGGCCCUGGGCAAAGUUGUUACCAUCAUGGGACUCGACAUAAGCGGUGCUUAUGACAAUGUCUGGAGGCAGGCUCUCAUCCAAACUCUGGCUGACAAGGGUUUCCCACGAUGGAUCGUCGACAUGAUUCAGUCUUUUCUUUCAGAUCGCACAGCAAGCUUUCACCUUCCUGGUAUUAUUUCCGACCGAUUCGAUCUCAACACGGGCGUUCCCCAGGGUUCGCCGCUCUCGCCUAUCCUUUUCCUCUUCUUCGCUGCUCCCCUUCUCCAACGCGCAAAGACCUUCUCGGAACACCCUGUCGAAUUGAAUGGCAAGAGGAGCAAAGUCAAUCUCUCUGCAUUUGCAUUCGUGGACGACAUUUACCUCAUGGCCAUAUCAGACAGUUACGAGGCCAACUGCAAAGGUCUCGAGAUGCUACACGAGAGCGUCAUGACCACAGCAGACGAGCUGGAUCUUCGUUUCGGGGCCGGGAAGUACAAGAUUAUGCACUUCAAGAAACAACAGAGCAAGAAGGGCCAUAACAAAGUGAUCCCCAACAUACCCGACUUUCACGAGGAGCCGGUACUCAACAUGAAAAUCCUCGGCGUUAUUGUCAGCAGUGACCUUACUUGGGGAGAACACAUUACGACGAUCAUUGGCAAGGCGAAGCAGAGGAUAGGCUACUUGAGCUUCAUAUCUGGGCCGCAUUGGGGUCCAAACCUCAAGACAAUGCGCCUCUUCUUCAUAUCCAAGAUUCGACCUGUCUUUACAUAUGCCUGCGGAGCGUGGUUCAUCAGAAGGGAACGGGACGAAGACAAGAUCAGCUAUCAGAUCAACAACAAGCAGAUGAAGCGUCUUGAGGAUGCUUACACCUUCUGUCUUCGCAAGAUUUCCGGGGCUUUCUACCGCACUGCUCCACAGAUUCUGGAGAAGGAGAUGUUCGUCGAGAACAUAUGGACAGUUCUUCACUCCCAAGCCACUCUACAACGCGCCAAGUUACUCUCCUCUCCUCGUCCGUUGUGGCGAACAGACAAGACCUAUAACUUCUUGAAGUCUGGGGUUCGCAACCCGUAUGAUGAUCUGAACCUUGAUGCCUGGGCAUGCGUCAUCAAUCUGUUCGAGUCUAUCAACUUUAACGAAGAUCCAGAGCGCCGUGAAAAGGGGCUGAACGCCCUGGCUGAUCCAAAGGCUCGCAACAUUAGACUGAGGAAGUUCAUCAAGGUUCGAGCGACCCGAAGCUGCAGGGUCAGGUGGGAGAAGUAUGUCCUCCAUCGAAGGAUUGAGAGAGCCAGGACGUCUCGGGGGGACAAUAGUGCUCAGCUACCCGCUGCUCUCACGGAGCCUUGGGGUAGAAAGAGCCUUGGCUACUACAAGAAGAACAUGUCCCGAGCCCAGACUACGAUUCUUCUCCACUGUCGGACCGAGUUCAUCGGACUCAAGGCCCAUCUCUCCAAGACUGGCAUCAAGGAAGGAGGCUGUGGCCGUUGUGCUUGCGGCAAGUUUCGAGAGACACCAUUCCAUCUUUUCGUCCAAUGCGAAAGGCUCAAGGACGCACGCAAGAACCUUGAGGAGAGGGUCGGUCAUACCAGCUAUCAGGACUUGCUCACCAAGGACAGCCGGGUCGCUACCCAAUGGGCCUUGAAGUACUUCGACAUUGAGCAGUUUGACUCGGUUAGUUGGACGAUGCAGACUCACCACCUACUCACUCACGGACUUCAUCCUCUCGCUUUUCCACCAGAGGGAGGAACACGCGGACUCCAGGCCGGCAUCAUCCUUACGCUCCGAGGCAUACGACGCAUCGCUCUGCUGGGCAGAGGAGAAGGCGUCGUUGACCGCACAUUGCGCCUCUUCGUUCCCUCACUUUCACCACGAGAUGCCUGGCGCAGUCUCUGGUGCACUCCUUCAACCACGACACCACCACUACCCUAUCAUCGCACAGUUGCCUGGUGCAUCUUGCAUUCCCUUGACCCCGGGUGGUUACCGCCUCGAUGGUGGGUACCGCUACUACCUCCUGGUAUGCUGAGCUAUACCAUGUCCAUCCAGCUUCCUGGCGAAGGUGGAUCCUCUACUGUCAUGAGAUCGAGGCUUGGUUCCUCUCUAUGGCAAUUUGAGGCGAUCCGCUGGUCGGAUUGCCCGUUUGAAGCUCUGCUUGAGGCAGAACUUUCCCAUUGUGUUAAACCCGAAGUGUAUUUUCUCUCAGCCACAAUCGCACCGACAUACGUGUUAUCACGAAACUUUCUUGCCCAAGCUAAACCGCCGAAGCAGGAUGUCAAAUACGCCUCGUCCACUGAGCCUUCCUUCUCUCAUGAGCUCGAUCUUCUUCUUCCUUUCCUCGUCCUUCUUAGGGUCUGCAUCAAAGGCUCCCCAUGCUCUCCUUUCUUGCCGGAUGACUUUGAUGACCUCUGGAGGGAUGCCUAG